UGUUUAUUAGGCAAAAUGGCACAUGACUGAAAGAGCAUUUCGACGUUUUAAUUUAAAACAUGGACACCUUGUAUUUUAUAUUUUUAUCACAAAUAAUUUGAAUCAUUGAAUGCACUGAUUGUUGUGAAAGUAUGCAAACAUGCUGCAUGCUGCACAGUCUAACGAAUAGGGGGCAGUCACACAUCAUGUCUAUCAUGGAUCUGGUAUCAAUUGUACAAGAUUAUCUUUUCUUUUUCUAUCAUUUGCAUCUGUAAAACAACAAUAGACUGUCAGUAAAAUGGGAAUACUCAGAUGUGACAUUUACAUUAUAAAUUCUGUUGCCUUAAUGUAUUUUUCACAUUACUCCAAUGCGUAUAUUUUUGUAGUAGCCUAAUGUAAUAUAUGGUAAUCUAGCUUUUUUUAAAUUUUGCAUCUUAGUUAUUUUCAUUUUGAGCUGUACAAUGUGAUACACACUGCACAUUUGUGUUCUAAGAUCUUUGUAAUCAAUUGUCUGAACCAGUUCCACACAACACAGCCUGUAUACUGAAUGUCUUAUUUUAGCACAUGAGAAAUGUCCGUUUGUCAGCAAAAAAUAGAGCAUUGUUGCUAUAUUUAGCAUUUAGCAACUGUUGCUAUUUGACUUUCAUGGGUUUGACACUUCUGCAAAGAAUGCAUGAAAUGUUUUCACAAGUGCUGGUCUACGAAGACUUGAGAUGAAUAUAUUUGAUGUAUAAUCUGAAAAAAGGGAAUUCUUAAAUACCAGUGGCCAAAACCUCAUGGUUUAUUUGCAUUUCUGUAGUAGUUAGUAAAUAUGUGUUGAAGUGUGUUCUUAUUUCACUAUUUAUUAAAAUACAAAUGCUUUAUGAUCCGAGCCAAGUGCUUAUAUCAUGAAUUUAAAGCAAAUUGAUAUGGUUGGAUAAUUGUUAUGUAAUAAGAUUUAAUUAGCAGGUACUGUAUUUAUUUGUUGAAUGUGUAAUCCAUUUGCAUACUAUGCUAUUUUUUCCUUCUCUGUCAGCUGUAUUUAAACAACAAAUAAAAGGAAGAAACAUUUUAUAAUUUGAAAAUUAGUUUUCAGGACUAAUUCAUCCCUCCUUUAUACCCCUCAACUUUCCAAUUACCAUUAUAGCAGUGGGUUUAUUAGGAUUAAUCCAUUCAAAUCGUGUUACAGACCAAUUUCCCAUAUUGCAUUUGGGGCAAUUGUCUAUCAGGCAGGUGCACAAUUUGAUCCGAGCUGAGUGGUUUAACAGGGAUCAGAAAUGAUAAGAUCGAUCACGCUGUGUCCUCUUGAGUGUCCAUGGGUUCAGUCUGCCCUCACAGUUGUUUCACCAAAGCUGGACUUCAUUUAGGCACCAUGGACAGCAACAGCAGCUCUGGCUCUCAUCCAUCCAUCUACGCCGAGGUGGUGGCUAUUACGCCCACCAUCUUCCCUCGGGUGGGCUACAGUAUAAUUUCUUUCAUCAUGUUCAUCAACACAUUGUUAACAGUUUUUAACAAUUGUCUCGUCAUAACUGUGAUGCUGAGGAACCCGUCUCUACUCCAGCCUACGACCGUUUUCCUCAGCCUUGCGGUGUCUGACCUCAUGAUAGGCCUGUGCGGAUCCCUGGUCGUCACCAUCACUAACUACCACGGCUUUUUCUUUAUUGGCGACACAGCCUGCGUGUUUCAAGGAUUUGCAGUCAAUUAUUUUGGUUUGGUGUCUCUCUGCACUCUGACCCUGCUAGCCUACGAGCGGUACAACUUGGUGUGUAAGCCGAGAGCUGGUCUAAAGCUGAGCAUGCGGAGAAGCAUCGCCGGGCUGCUAUUUGUCUGGAUCUUCUGCUUGUUUUGGGCAGUGGCUCCGUUAUUCGGCUGGAGCUCCUAUGGACCUGAAGGGAUCCAGACCUCCUGCUCUCUGGCCUGGGAGAAGAGAUCGUGGAACAACUACAGCUACCUCAUCUUCUACACACUCCUAUGCUUCAUUUUCCCUACUAUAGUCAUCAUUUACUGCUACUCCAAAGUGCUCACAUCCAUGAAUAAGCUGAACAGGAGUGUGGAGCUCCAGGGUGGGCGUUCCAGCCAGAAGGAGAAUGAUCAAGCCAUCAGUAUGGUCCUGACUAUGAUCAUAGCUUAUUUUGUUUGCUGGCUGCCCUACACUGCGUUGUCAGUGGUGGUAGUCGUGGAUCCAGAGCUCUACAUCCCUCCACUGGUCGCCACUUUGCCCAUGUACUUUGCCAAGACCAGCCCUGUCUAUAACCCUAUCAUCUACUUCCUUACCAACAAGCAGUUCCGUGAAGCCGCUCUGGAGGUGCUGUCGUGCGGCCGCUAUGUUCCCCAUGUGCUCCACACUGCCAGUAUCAACAUGCGCUCCGUCAACUCGCACAGCAAGGUGUUGCCUCUGUGACUUUCUCUGGUGAAAACAAGAAGCUGCCAUGGUUGUCAGUGUUUAUUGGUGUCCCAUCACGGACACAGUCACACAGACCUGCACAUCUACAGGCCCAUGUCUCUCAGAGAGGUCUUCACUGUAGCCCAGUGAGAACAGAAUCGGCACAGAGACUGUUAGCUGAUAUUGAGGAGGUGGACAAAAUAAAUGCAAUUCCAAUCCAUCCGG